GCUCAUCCCGCCACCGAGGUCACUCCAAGAAUUGGCAUUCGGCCCAAUUCCCACCGCAUCCCGGACCUCCAUUCCCUAGUGGCGGACGGGCCCAUUCUCCAACCCCUGUUCUCGACUCUGGAUCCCGUCAUCCCUGAGCUUGUUGGCAGUUACACGCGCACUAGACCUCCUAGUCUCUGGCGACAUUCACUCGGUGCUCCACUGUCUCUGUUCACUGUUGGCUCGGAUAAUUCACCACCCCGUCCCAAUUGAACUCAACGCAACGCCAUUGUCCGUUGGUUCCUGCGCCCUGGUUCCCACCCCCGCUUGCUGGUCAGGCGGUCGUCAUGAGGUAGAGGGGAAAAAUAUUUUUUAUUUUUUUUUUCUGUAUAAUAUAUAAGCCGUGCUAUGCUUCCUCCCUCCGCCUCUCCCAGCCAGGGUUCCUCUCUCUGUCCGACCCGCUUCUUCUCCCCGCGCUUCUUCUACGUCUACUGCUUGAUCUUCCUGUCCAUCACUGCUCUCAUCGGAGUCAAGAUGCAUCUGAAAAACUACCUCCCCGUCGCCCUUCUCGGGGUGUCGGCGCUGGCUCAAUCCCCGACCCCCUCGCCCUCCGCAGACCCCUUCAAGGUCUACACCAUCAGCGCCGCCAACAUCACCGCCAAAGUGAUCCCCUACGGCGCGCGUCUGACCUCGCUGCUGGUGCCAGACCGGCACGGUAAACCGCAGGACAUCGUCGUGGGCUACGACGACCCCAAGGACUACCUGAAAGACACCAAGACCAACCACACCUUCUUCGGCGCCGUCGUCGGCCGCUACGCCAACCGCAUCAAGAACGGCACCUUCGAGGUCGACUCGACCAAGUACCAGAUCGCCACCAAUGAGAACGGCGGCGCCGACACCCUCCACGGCGGCAUCGUCGGCUACGACGCCCGCAACUGGACCGUCACCUCGCACACCAACUCCUCCGUCACCUUCACCCUGCACGACCGCGGCCUGGAGAAGUUCCCCGGCGAGGUCAUCACCCACGCCGUCUUCGCCGUCGACAGCACCCCCUCCGCCGACAACCCGGCCGGUCUGCCCCAGCUCACCACCAAGCUGAUCUCCCUGGCCCUGACGCAGACCACCCCCAUCAUGCUCUCCAACCACAUCUACUGGAACCUGAACGCCUUCCAGAAGCCCACCAUCCUCAACGACACCUUCCUGCAGCUGCCCCUAUCCCAGCGCCUCAUCGGCACCGACGGCAUCCUCAUCCCCAACGGCACCAUCCUCGGCGUCGACGCCUACAAGGGCAGCCCCGACUUCACCCAGGGGAAGCUCGUCGGCCGCGACCUCAAGAACGCCCAGGGGCUCUGCGGCGACGACUGCACCGGCUACGACAACUGCUUCGUCGUCGACCGCCCAGCCCAGUCCGCCGCCUCCAACUCCGUGGUCCCCGUCCUGCGCGCCAACUCCUCCGCCACCGGCAUCAGCCUCGAGGUUGCCACCAACCAGCAGGCCGUCCAGAUCUACUCCUGCAACGGCCAGAACGGCACCAUCCCCAUCAAGCCGUCGCAGGCCAAGAAGAACAAGGACGCCAAGAUCGACGGCGCCAAGGCCGUCAACAAGUACGGCUGCCUGGUCAUCGAGCCCGAGGGCUGGAUCGACGGCAUCAAUAACCCCGAGUGGGGCCAGCUGGGCGAUCAGGUCUUUUCGCCGGAGAGCGCGCCGGCGGUCAAUUGGGCGACGUACAGGUUCGGGACGGUUUGAGGAUCGGUCUGGAUGAAGGAGCAAAGGACUUGGACUUGGUCUGGAAGACUACUAAUGAUUUUCACUUCGCAUUGUCUUUUAUUUUGAGCGUUCUCAGCUACUCCGUGUACAUACUCGUCGUUUGUCAAUAAUAGGGCUAGCAAUUGAGGACUUUAAUUCAUGGUA